UUGCACCCUUCAUGGGUCGGAGAGGGAUUACUCCGACAAACCGGGCAAGAACUAUGCAACUUGAGCCACGCAUCAAUACAUUCCGUAUGGAAGCAAUGUUCACAUUCCGGUAAACACCUAACACUUUCUUUGGUUGCAUAUUCUGACAAACAAAUGGAACAUACAACAUCAUUUGACCCGGUCGGGAGUCUCCUACUCUCCCCUAACUCAACUUUCUUGUACGACUCAAUAGUAGACUCAUCGAGACCCGUCCUUGUGACUUCGUCGCUUGGCUGUGGCCUUACCGUUACAGAUCCGGAAAGCCUUGCAACCACUGCGUGUUGUAUCUGGGACGAGACUCUCUCAGAACUGCACAUGACAAGACCGACACAAAAGGUCAAGGCGGUGAGCGGUCCGACUAGGGAGAGGCAGAUUAUCUUUAGUACUUGUAAGCCUGUGUUGUGAAGUCCUGUUUCGAAACAACAA